AUGUUCACAUCCAAGUCCAACUCCGUGUCGCCAUCGCCGUCCCUGGAGCAGGCGGACGCGGACGCGCUGGACAUCAGCACCAAAGUACAGCUCUACGGGGUUCUGUGGAAGCGGCCGUUCGGGAGAUCGUCGGCCAAGUGGUCCCGACGGUUUUUCAUCAUCAAAGAAAGCUUUCUGCUUUACUACUCUGAGAGUGAGAGAAAGAGCUUUGAAACCAAUAAAUACUUCAAUAUUCAUCCAAAGGGUGUCAUCCCGCUGGGUGGCUGCCUGGUGGAGGCCAGAGAGGAGCCCAGUAUGCCCUAUGCCAUGAAGAUCUCACACCAGGACUUCCACGGGAAUGUCUUGUUGGCUGCUGAGUCCGAGUUUGAGCAGACACAAUGGCUUGAGAUGCUGCAGGAGUCUGGGAAGGUGACCUGGAAAAAUGCCCAGCUAGGAGAAGCUAUGAUCAAAAGCCUGGAGGCACAGGGGCUACAGCUGGCUAAGGAAAAACAGGAAUAUUUAGACAAGCUGAUGGAGGAGACAGAAGAACUGUGCCUUCAGAGGGAGCAGAGAGAGGAGCUUGAACGCCUGAACCAGGUGCUGGAGGCCGAGAAGCAGCAGUUCGAGGAGGUGGUGCAAGAGCUGAGAGUGGAGCAGGAGCAGAUCAAGAGGGAGCUAGAACUCACUGCGAGAUGCCUCAAGGGUGUGGAACAAGAGAAGAAGGAGCUGAGGCACCUCACAGAAUCCUUGCAGCGUACACUGGAGGAACUCUCUAUAGAGAAGAAGAAAACCCUAGAGAUGCUGGAGGAAGAUAAGAACCAGCCACAGCCCUUGACCAACCAGAGUGAGCAGCCACCGGCCAGUGAUGGUCUCCAUAGCAACCUCAGGCAGAUCGAAGAGCGGAUGCAGGAGCUUUUGGCAGAGAAGCUUCUGGCAGAGAAGCGGAUGAAGGAGAAUGAAGAACGCUCACGGGCCCUGGAGGAAGAAAGGGAGUUCUACUCUAGCCAGUCCCAAGCCCUGCAGAACUCGCUGCAGGAGCUGACUGCAGAGAAGCAGCAAGCUGAGCGGGAACUCAAGGCUGAAGUGAAAGUACGCAUGGACCUUGAGAGACGCCUUCGGGAGGCAGAGGCGGCCUUGCGGAGCCUGGAGCAAGGCCUCAAUUCCAAGGUUCGGAACAAGGAGAAGGAAGAGAGGAUGCGGGCUGACGUGAGCCACCUGAAAAGGUUCUUCGAGGAGUGCAUCCGGAAUGCAGAGCUGGAGGCCAAGAUGCCAGUCAUCAUGAAGAACUCCGUGUACAUCCAUAAGGCGGCCACUCGCCGCAUCAAGAGCUGCCGUUUCCACCGCCGCCGGUCCAGCACUUCCUGGAAUGACAUGAAGCCAUCCCAGUCCUUCCUGACCUCCCAGCUAGAAGCCAACAACAUAGAGGAGCUGAAGGAGGUGGCCAAGCGGCUAAGCAGAGACCAGCGCUUCCGGGAAUCCAUCUAUCACAUCAUGGCCACCCAACCUGGGGCCUCUGCACUCCCCAGGGGAGGAAAGUAA